AUGCCAAAUCAAUCUCAGCAACCACCACUGCCCUCCUUGCCACAGCCGAAAGUGAAGCCUCUUCCCCAGAUCAGCAAUCGCAACACCACUAACAAUUUUACCGUUAGUGAGCAUCACCGAAAUUCUUCUUCACAACUGAAGAGCUCGGCAUCAUUGGGCGGGUUGAAUUCAUCAUCAUUAUCUUCUUCAACCAGUAGUAAUACCCGUACAUCGGAUCACCCAAACCACACCUCCAUCAUUGCAAGAUCCUUACCCUCAUCCACGACCUCUCUCGGUGCUACUCCAUCGACUGGUACUACAACAGCAACAACACUUCAUCACCACUCGCUCAGUGCAUCCACCAACUCUGCAACAACUUCUGCUAUCAAUCACCACAGCAACAACAACGGCAACACGACACCAUCGUUCCACUCAAUUUCUCAAAAUACAAUUAUUGGUGAAUAUUUGUCAGCUCAGGAUGUCAUUGAUGAAUUAAAGUUGGAUCAAUUUGGCAAUAAUCCUCUUGUGAAUGAGCUGAGUUAUUUCUAUGAUUUAAUUGAUGAUGAAGUGGAUGACUAUGGAGAAUAUAUUCCUGCUUUUGUGAAUAAUAGUCAUCAGCCUUCUUUGAGUGGUGAAACCACUCAACAACCACUCGAAUGGAGUGCUAACCCCAAUUUAGAUCUUGAAUCUAAAAUUGAUGAAAAACUGUUGAUGAAUCAAUUAACAAGUUUCAAUGAACAGGAAAGAUUGAAUGGAGUGAGAGACUUGAAGUUAUUGGUCAAGUACAAACAAGAAUUCGCCAUCUUUAUUUUACCUCAAUUAUUCUCAAUAUAUGGAAGUACAUUGGAAGAUGAGGAUCACAUCAAACAAAAUUAUGAAAAAAAUUCUGCAUUCCAGAUUCUACAGAUUAUUACGUAUAUUAGUGAUCAAUACCAAAAUCAAUGCAAAGCCGAAUACUCAAAUCAUUUCUAUAACAUGUUACAUAUUUUAGCGAAACGAAAAAUUCCAAGAUACAUCUCUAACAAAUUUGUAUUGAAAUAUUAUAUCAAACUAUUGUACAUUUAUAUGCCAAGCUAUUAUAUUGCCUCUAAGGGUGCAUCUACCAGGAAUAACACCAACACUAUGAACAGCAACUCAGAUGUCGAUCAGGAAUCAACAUCAUCACGCCGUCAUGACGAUUUGUAUGAAUUUAACAAUAUUUCUUUUCCAAAUUAUAUCAAAUUCAUUACAUUGAAUUCAGCUCUAUUCAAUGCAUGCUAUUAUCCAUUCCUUUUAAAGAGUCUACAACGUGAAGAUAUUGAAUUGUAUCCAGAUGAAGUGAAAUGCAUUUUACAUUAUUUUCAUGAAAUGUUUAUUUUGAGUGUUGGAGACAAAGGUGAUCAGACCAAUGUCAAUCCAAAAAAGGACAUGACUGAGGUCAACGGUAGCAACAAAAUCGUUGGCAACGCAAAGCAACUUUUACCAACUUCUAAUAGCAGUGUUGCCGCUGUCAAGUAUCCUCGCAAAUAUAUUUUGCAAUGCUUGAGUGAUGUGAUUCUAUGCAUUACCACACAUCACAUGAAAAACUUUGACUCUGUCAUGGAACAUGUCAAACAGCGUUUUAAUCAUCCAAUUAUUAUUCUACACUCUCUAUAUAGCAUGAAUAAGAAAGUUUUUAAAACGAAUUUUGAUUCUCUGUUCGAAAUGUUCAACGAUAUUGUCAACAGAUACAUUGUGAAUUUAACGGAAUUUGAUAUAUCAGAACAAUGUGUCAUGUACUAUUACAUUUAUACUAUUCUAUGUGAAUUGGUGAGAAAUAUGAAUCUUAAUGUGACGAGCAUGUCCCAAAGCUCUCCCACCGUGAGCAACAUGUCCAAACUAUUUUCAAUUCUUCACAAAUACUAUUUCAAUAAUAUUUACACCAAAUCUAUAUCAAUUGUGAAUUUUAUUAAUCAUAGGAUUGCACGUGAAUAUAUUGACAAUUCUACAGCCAUAACCUUGCAAUCCAUUAGCGCAAUAUUAUUUCAAUUAAUCUAUAUUUGCAUUGACAAAUUUAACAGUCAUGGCACAGACACAAGUGUCAAUCAUUCUAUCAAUCAAUCACUAUUGAAUAUCCUUUUAAAUUAUUACAUACAUACACCAACGAGCUGCAGUAGUGAUAUGAUGAAGGGCCAUAAUGAUGAUUUCACAUCAUUUCUUCUUAACAACAGAUAUUACAUUCAAUCAAUCUAUCGAUUAUUGAAACUGAAUGCCAAAAAUUCUAUGAAAUUGAAUGUGGAUAAUGACUCACACGUCAUGCUGAGCAAUAACUCUUCUAUUUUAGAACAAUUCGUAGAAGAUUUGAAAUUUAUUUAUUGUAUCGAAGAAGAUGGAUAUUAUUACCAAGCUGCCGAUAAUAAGGACAAUCACCCUCUUGAUCGCACGUUGAUGUCGAAUCCAAUCAUUGAAUUUAUCAUUAAGGAAUUGACUCAACAUCUUUCACCACCAACAUCAUCAUCCUCGUUGUAA